AUGCAUGUGCUGGAGUUGCUCAUACCUGCCUCCCUCCUGCCUGACUCUAACUCACUGUCUAAAAGUCUGGAGGAGAUGCUUUGGACAGAUCGUGAGACCCUGGGGAGAAUGCAGACGGAUCAGCCCUUUAUCUCCAAGACCCUCCGACAUCCCAGGCAGCUGGAACUCGACGCCUACGACAACGCCUAUGACCCGGGCGCUGAUUCAGUCCUCCUGGAGGAUGUUUAUUAUUAUGAUGUGGGACCCACCAUCGAUGAACCUCAGAUUGAGAUUGGCACACUAGCCCCUCUCGUGGACAGCUUCCAUGCUCCUGCCGCCUCCCUGGAGGAAGAAGAGGAUGAGCUGCCUCUUGGACCUCUACCAACAUUACAUACUUCUGGGGGCUCUGGGGUGCCCCUGGGGCCUGAUGGCUCAGGAGACCGGCCCACCUGUCUGCUGUGCACCUGCCUGGGGGGGUCCGUCUACUGUGACGACUUGAAGCUGGAGAGCGUACCUCCGCUGCCCAGGGACACCACCCACUUCUAUGCACGAUACAACAAGAUCUCCAAGAUAAACAAGUCUGACUUCAUGCACUUGAACAAGCUGAAGAGGAUCGACGUGACCCACAACAAGAUCUCGCGGAUUGAUGAGGAUGCGUUUGUCGGUCUCGCUGACCUGGAGGAGCUGGUGCUGCGAGAGAACCUGGUAUCACAGCUUCCCGCUCUGCCUGCCACCAUGACCCUCAUUGAUGCCAGCCACAACAAACUGGGUAGCAACGGCAUUCAUAAGGAGGCUUUCAAGGAUAUGAACGGUCUUCUGUACCUCUACCUGACUGACAACAACAUUGGCUACAUCCCCCUGCCCUUGCCUGAAAGCCUGUGCAGUCUCCACCUGCAGAAUAACAAUAUCCAGAUGAUGCAUGAGGACACAUUCUGCAACCUGAAGGAUAUGAACUACAUCCGGAGAGGGCUGGAGGAUAUUCGGUUGGAUGGUAACCCCAUCAAUCUGAGCAAGACCCCACAGGCUUACAUCUGCCUGCCUCGAGUGCCCAUUGGAGGGCUUGUCUAA